AUGGAAUCCUUGAGGGUGGAGCACCUUUACUCCGGCGACUACUGCGCAGCUCUAGUAACGAUCAACGAAACAAAAUUACUCCUGAAUUGCGGCAUUCCUGAUACUUUGGACCCAAGUCGCAUCUCGCUUCUUCUAAGGCAGCUUGACGAGAUAGAUGCUGUCCUCUUGAGUCAUGGAACUGUUUCGUAUUGCGGCGCAUUGCCACUCUUGCACAAGGUGCGAUGGCGGAGCUGUAGCGAGAAUGUGCAGGUGCUUCAGAAGACGGAUUCAGAUCCAGCAGCAGCAGAGGAUCUCCCGUCAGUCUACUGCACGCAUGCAGCGCAACACUUUGGGAAAAUUGCAACAGAGGCCUCCCUCCUGGCAGCGACCGACUGUUUUGCGAUGCCCCAUCUGCCUGAUGGCUCCGCGUCUGCGCACUCAGCAGUAAAUCCAAGAGCAGCAGUGAGCAACAGUGCAGUAGCAGGAGCCACUACUGCAGCAGAAAGCUCCCAGUCUAGUGGACUGCCUUUUACUGCAGCUGACGUAGCUGCAGCCUUUGGAGCAUGCAUCCCCAUCAGAUAUCACGAGGCGAUUCCCAUCAAGCGUCGGAGAAGGGCUGGCGGCUUGUGCAGCUGUAAUGACAACGGCCAAUUAUGCGGCAGUCGUGAAAGGGCAGCACCAUCGAAAUCCAAUCAGGCGAUCUCCGCUUCCCCCAGCUGCAGUUGCAUGCAUCAGCCAGACAGCGGGGUGUACGUGCAGUGCAUCCGCGCCGGGUUGCACAUUGGAGGGGCCGUGUGGAUCGUGGAAAGCAGCGGGCUAAGGGUUGUUCUUGCAGUGGGGCAUGCUGUCUGUCCUCUUUGGUGCGUUCUUCACACAUUGGUGCUCCCUCUAGCGGAUAUCUGGCACGUGGAUGGCGGCGAAUUGCUGCCUUUGAGCUCCGGCGCGCAGCCGCUGAUGCAAGCAGCAACUGCGACAGAUGCAGCAGCUCUGUUAGGCUCUCCUUCCCCCUGGCUAGGCACGCGGCUUGGUCGGUGCGACGUGCUCGUUGCGUCAUGCGCUUCUGCUGCAUGGCUAGCAGCGGAGGGGACGCAGCAGCAACUGCAGCAGCUGCGGCAGCUGCUGCUGCAAGCCGCUUCCGCUGUUCUUAGAGGCACCACUGUGCUUAUGCCUGUUGAUUUGGAUGGUGCGAGAAGGAGGACGGGGGGAGAGGGAGGGAAGGGAAGAGGAGGCGGCGCUUGGGGAGGCUGUGGGGAGAGAGAGAGAGCUUUAUUAUUGGGGUUAGGGUCUGCACCUUCUGUGGCUUUGUAG